AACUUCGGCCAACUCGCCGACUAUCAGAUCCUAUCGACUGUUUAUAACAUAACUCGUGAUACAAUCGCCGGUAAAAUCUUAAUUGCAAAGCAAUUCCACUUAACAGCAGACGAACAGAUGUCAUUUGCAUACCAAAUGGGAGCGGCAGCUCUGCUACUAUACCCGGACCCGGAGCACUACAAUUCUCCUAAUUUAAAAGUCAAACCAUUCCCGGACUCUCCUUAUAUGCCGGCAGAUGCUGUUCGACAUGACUCUCUCAUAUGGAAUGGAUUGGGAGAUCCGCAGACUCCAGGAUACCCGGCCACUUCUUAUGCACACCGUUUGCCAUUACAAUCGCUUAAUUUGCCGAAGUAUUGCUCACAACUUAUUUAA